GAAAACUUUUCAAAUCGGUAUAAAUACCAUUCACUUAACUUUUCUUUCUCUACCUCUCUACACUCUCUACAAGAUGCAUAGAGUAAGACACUUCUCCACUGGAAUGACAGGCUUAUCCAAAAACCUCUUUGUUGAUAUCAAGCUUCCAACUGGAAAGUCCAUCCAGCAGCCUAUCGGCCUCUACAUCAACGGCGAAUGGGUCACUUCUGAAAAGAUGAUCGAAACAAUCUGUCCGUAUACUGAAACGCCAAUCACAUCCGUGUAUGCGGCGACGGAAAAGGAGGUGGACCAGGCGGUUAAGGCAGCCAGAAAUGCAUUCAAAGCGUGGAAGAAGGUCCCGGGCGAAGAGAGAGCCAAGAUGCUAUUCAAAUUAGCCAGAUUGACCGAAGAACACGUGGAUGAGUUGGCUUCCAUAGAAGCUAUCGAUACCGGCAAGCCUAAAGACUUUAACGCCAAGGCAGAUGUGGACGGUACCGCUGCUUUGAUGGAGCACUGUGGAGGUUGGGCAGACAAGAUUGUGGGCUCCGCAAUCCCUGUUUCACAUAACAAGUUUGCCUACACCAUUAAGGAGCCGUUAGGGGUUGUAGGGCUUAUCGUUCCGUGGAACUAUCCCCUCAGCAUGGCCGCGUGGAAGAUCGCCCCAGCUUUGGCAGCCGGGAACUGCAUUGUGAUCAAGUCGGCUGAAAACACACCCUUGUCACUUUUGAAGUAUGCCACGUUGAUUGAAAAGGCGGGCUUUCCACCGGGUGUGGUCAAUAUCGUAUCCGGCUACGGAGCGGAGUGCGGCAACGCCAUUUCGUCGCACCCAAACAUCGAUAAGGUCUCCUUCACUGGAUCCACCGGUGUGGGCCAGGUGGUUCAACAGGCCGCCUCCAAUAAUUUGAAGGUGGUGACAUUGGAAUGUGGGGGUAAAUCUCCGUUGAUUGUAUUUGAAGACGCUGACCUCGAGCAGGCUGCCAAGUGGGCCAGCUUUGGGGUGAUGUACAACUCCGGCCAAAACUGCACCGCCAACUCCAGACUCUACGUCCAUGAAAAGGUUUAUGAUGAGUUUAUUCUGAUCUACAAGGCCACCAUCUUAGCAGAUUAUCCAAUGGGGGAUCCUUUCGAUGCUGACUCCAGACUCGGGCCGGUCAUCUCCAAGAUCCAGUUCGACAAGGUCAGUGCGUAUAUUGAGAAGGGUAAGCAGGAGGGUGCCACCUUAGUUUUGGGGAAUGAAUCGGUUCCAUCUCCUGGGUACUGGAUUGCCCCAACGGUGUUUGCUGACUGCAACGAAAGUAUGACGGUGGUUAAGGAAGAAAUCUUCGGUCCCGUGGUGACGAUUUCCAAGUUUCUGAGCCAGGAAGAGGUGCUCGAAAAGGCGAACAACUCCGACUACGGGUUGGCUGCCAUGGUGUUCACGAAAGACAUUGCGAGAGCCCACCAGUGCGCCUCAGAGUUGGAAGCCGGCUCGGUGUACAUCAAUUCGUCUAACGAUGAAGAUAUCCGCGUUCCGUUCGGCGGCUACAAGAUGUCUGGUGUUGGUAGAGAAUUGGGCCAGGAGGGGAUUGACAUCUAUACCCAGACCAAAUCCAUCCACGUGAACUUGGGCGUUAAGAUGUAGGUUUGAUAAAUUGUAUAGAAUUCACUACCUAUUUUUUUAUUUAUGUAAACUUGGAUGUAGGCUCUAUA